GAAUUAAUAUCCUCUCCCAAUCACAUUGCGCCACACCGGCUUACUGUAGACUCUGUCAGGGUAUCAUUGCAGCGAAAACGAAUACCGUAAUUUACAUCAAUUUAUCAGCACAAUAGAAGUUAAUGAGGAUGGUUGCAGUGUCCAGACCAGGCCAGCUAUUGGUAAUUACUACAGUCUUGUGCCUCUACGUAUCACUGACAGUGGGGUUUAAUUUAGCUGUCAUCGCAAUAGACUUAGGAGCUGAAUAUACAAAGAUUGCUCUUGUGAAGCCUGGUGUUCCCAUGGAAAUAGUGCUGAAUGAUGAGGGUUCAAGAAAGACUUCAUCCAUUGUGGCAAUGAGGGACGGUGAAAGACACUACGGACAAGCUGCCACCAACACGGGUGUUCGGUUCCCUAAAAAAGCAUUCUGGUACCUGAUGCACAUCGUAGGGCUGAAAUAUGAAGAUCCACAAGUGGAGACAUACAGGAAGCGGUUCCCAUACUACAACAUCAUUAAAGACGAAGACAGAGGCACCAUGUUGUUUCAGCUGGAAGAUGAUUCUACCUACAGCCCAGAGGAACUGAUAGCCAUGCUACUAGAGAAAGCUAAAGCCAAUGCGGAGCUAUUCGCAGAUCAGCCAAUCAAAGACUGCGUUAUAACAGUACCAGCCUAUUUUAGCCAACCACAAAGGAAAGCUAUGAUCCAAGCCGCUUCAAUGGUUGAUCUCAACAUUUUACAGAUCAUGAGUGAUAAUGCAGCAGUUGCCCUGAACUAUGGUGUGUUCAGAAGGAAGAUGUUUAACUCCACGAUGCAGUACUAUAUGUUCUACGACAUGGGAGCAACCAGCACUACUGCCACAGUUGUAGGUUACCAGUUGAUGAAGAUAAAGGAAGGUACUCGAGUAGAAACAAACCCCCAGCUGGUCAUCAAGGGUGUAGGCUAUGACAGGAACCUUGGUGGUCUUGAAAUUACGCUCAGGAUGCAAGAUCAUUUGGCAAAGGCCUUCACAAAAACGAAGAAGACCAAGAGUGAUGUGUACCAGAAUGCUCGUGCCAUGGCCAAACUGUUCAAGGAGGCAGAGCGAGUCAAAAAAGUCCUCAGCGCCAAUAAUGACCAUUUUGCACAGGUUGAGGGACUUCUAGAUGAGGAAGAUUUCAGGGUCAAGGUCUCACGGGACGAGCUGGAGGGAAUGACAUUGGAUCUGAUGGAAAGAGUCACAAAACCCAUCGAAGACGCCCUUAAAGCAUCCCAGGUCACACUGCCAGAACUCACAGAAAUUAUCCUGUUUGGAGGUGGGACCAGGACACCCAAAGUACAGACAAUACUCAGCAAGUUCCUGGGAGGGCAGGAGCUGGGUAAAAGCAUCAACAGUGAUGAGGCUGCCGCCUUGGGUGCCGUGUAUCAAGCUGCUCACCUUGGCAAAGGCUUCAAAGUCAAGACAUUUGGAAUCAAGGAAGGCACAAUUUUUCCUAUAUCUGUUGAGUUUGCCAAGCAGACAGUGGGACAAGAUGACAGUGCAGGCAAGCCUAAGACUGUGAAGAGGACCUUAUUUAGUCGUAUGAAUCCAUUUCCACAGAAAAAAGUCAUGACUUUCAACAAACAUACCAAAGACUUCACCUUCAAUGUCACCUAUAGUGAUCUGUCCUUCCUUUCUGACGAAGAGGUCAAAUCACUUGGCAGUCCUGUGCUGGCCACAUACACAGUGACUGGUGUGGACACAGCCUACAGUAAACAUGCUGAGGAUGCUGAGAGUAAGGGUGUCAAGGCUCACUUCAGACUGGACGAGAGUGGCAUACUCCACAUGGAUAAGGCUGAGGUUAUAUUUGAGAGACAAGGGCCACCAGAGGAGGAAUCAACAUGGUCCAAGAUUGGUAGUACCCUAGGGGGAUUAUUUGGAUCCAGUGCUGACAAAGAUGUUAAAGUUGAAGACACAGAUCCAGGCACAGAGGCAGAUAACUCUGAUUCAACGGACUCUAAUGGUGAAAGGGAGGCAACUAAAGCUGGUAAAUCAGAUGAGCAGCUGAAAAAGGAUGAUUUGGGUGAAGAUAAAUCAUCUGAUAAAGAUGAGAAAUCCGAGAAAGAGCAGGUUGUUAACCAUAGAUUCCUUGAUAAUAAAAAGGCCAACAAAACGACUUUGAUCAAAGAGGAGCUGACAUCGGAGUACAAUUCAUAUGAAAUCCCUCAGCUCAGUGCAGACCAGUUCAAACACAGCAAGAACAAAUUAGCUGAUCUGACAGCCAAAGAUAAAGAGAAGAAACUGUUGGAGAAAGCCAAGAAUGACCUUGAAGCAUUUAUCUUUGAAAUGGGCGACCGUCUGUCUCGGCCAAUGUAUGAAAAGUGUUCAACAGAGAUGGAGAGAGAGGAGUACAGUAAAGUUCUCUCUGAAUCAUCAGACUGGAUGUACGAGCAGGAUGAUGAUGCCAAGAAAGAAAUCUAUACAGAGAAGCUACGGGAACUGAAGAAGAUGACCAAGGAUCUAGAAAUGCGUGUCAGAGAGACGAAGGAGCGGCCCGAGGCACUGAAAGCUCUUGAGUCAAUGCUUAACCACUCUGUGUACUUCCUACAGACUGUCCAGAAUCUGUCACAGGUGGAGGAACCCAUCUUCACGGAGGUCGAGGUCACAACACUCGGAAAACUCAUCAAUGAUACUAUAAAUUGGAAAAAUGAUACAGUGAAGGAACAGAAGAAAAUGUUGAAUACAGAGAAACCUAAGUUAUUGGUACAAGACAUCGGAAUGAAAAUCCAAGCCUUGGAUAGAGAGGUGAAGUACUUGAUUAACAAGGCAAAAAACUUUCGACCCAAGGCCAAGCCUAAAGCAAAGAAAAAUACCACGUCUGCUGCUAAUAAUACAGCUGCCAAUGAAACAAAAUCAACAGAUGAUAAAACUGAUCCGCUGACGCAGGAGGGAAGGGACAAUAAAGAUUCUGAUGAACCUGCAGAUGAUACAGGGUCAAAGAAUACAGCAAAGGGUACCACUACCCCAGAGGAGGAAAGUGAGCUACCAUUGCCCCCAACAGAGGAGGAAAGUGAGCUACCAUUGCCCCCAACAGAGGAGGAAAGUGAGCUACCAUUGCCCCCAACAGUGGAGGAAACGACUAAGGAAGAGGAAGUGUUACAACCAGGAGAUGUUGAUGAUACAUUAACAACAACAACAACAACAACAACAACAGAAAAAACAACAGAAAAAACAACAACUGACAAAACUCUAGAUUCUACUACAAAAAGCAACAAACAUGACGGGAGUGACUUAUAACGUUGGUGACGUGUAGAUACAUCAAUUUGUUGUUAACCUUAUUUAUAACCUGUUUCAUUAAAGUCAUACAAACUGAAAUUUGGUGCAAAUGAGAGGAUACGGAGCAGUGCUAGAGAUCAUGGUAUACAAUCAUUUCGUGUAUGGCACCUAAAUCUUCAGGCUAAUCAUUUUUGUCACUUUUUUGUUCAUUAGAAUGUAUCAGGAAAGGUUUAUGAUCACAAAAUGUUAAAGACUUUUAUGUUAUCUUUCACUUAAAACAAAGGAUGGUGCCAUAUUUGAUUGAAAUCUGUUUUGCCCUUGCCAGUAACAGGGGUCCAAGUUCAAUAUAACAUCAAUAAAAUGUAUUCAAAACCAGAAUAAAUGCUUUUUAGCUCACCUAGCCCAAAUAACCAAAGGCCCAGGGUGAUGAUAUUUUGCCAGUAACAUGCCAGGGUAAAAAGUGACAAGUUUGUUCAAAUCAUUGACUUUGAACUUCUUUAAAGGUCACUGGAGUCAAAUGUUCACAAUAAUCUUUAAACGGCUUCUGAAUAAUCAAAAUCAACCUGAUAAUUGUUCAUAAAAAAAGUACAACAAAUGUCACUCUAAGUCCCAAUAUUUCGGCUUCCUGGCCUUCUUCAAAUGCGAAAGUCAAUGAAUGUUUCAAGUAACCUCCAUCUUGCUUUUUUGUAUAUUAUGUUUCAUAAAAAUCUUUUUAUGUAUACAGAAAAAGAAAAAACUGCAGGCCUUUAAUCGGGAACUUAUCAUUACCUCCCUCCCACUUUGACCCCCUAUAACUACUAAUGGGUCAGGCAUUGUUUUUUUCAAAUGCAGAAAUUUAUGUAGUUCUAAACCAAAGGCAUCAUCAUGCAAAACUAAAAGCUUAUUGGUGAGGGGCGUAAAAAUGACCGAAUAUGGCACCCAUCCUUAUUAAUCCAGCCGGUAUUUCAAACAUCAUUAUGUGAUCUAAAUGUAGUGCAAUCUAAAGGUUCAAUAUUAUAUACAUUGACUUUAUAGACUGUCAUCAGCGUAAAGUGAGAGAUUAUACCUGUUCGUCAGUAAUCACUCUUUUAGAUGUGAUUACCGUAUGUACUUUGUCAUUGUCUUGGCUGUUAAGGAAGAGAGUCCCAACACCCUGUAUUUUCAAUGAAGAAGAGUUCUUAUUUGUUAUUCAAUUUUCAUACUUUGAAUGGCUUGUCCAUUUGCUAUAACAAAGGGUUAGAUAUGAAAAACAAAUGUUUUGUUAAUCCUUUUCAGCAACAUCAUUUCAAAAUAUUAUAAUUCAUUAAAAUUCCAACAACUAUAACUGUGUUUGUUUGGAUAUAGAGUGAAUAAAAUAAGGUUAAAAGGAAGAUAACAUUUUAAGGCCUGUCAAGAGAAGAAGAGUGGUGCGACUCUCUACAUAAAAUUUUAUUAGAUGUAGUUACUAUUUAUUCCCCUACCUCCUCACCAUUCUUUUUUAAUUUCAUUCAAGCUUGAUACUUUUGGCAUGAAUGUCUGAGAAAUACGACUUACUGAAUUAGUUGAUAAAACAUGUACAGGUACUCUAUUCCAAAUUGUGGUUUGUAAAAGUUCAGUCUCUGUGGUUAAGUCUUUUUCAGAAUGAUUUGAUGAAUUAAGAUGAUAGAGAUAGGAAACUAUACAUUGUACUCAUUAAAUGGAGAUAGAAAAUUCAUCGUGAUCAGUGGUCCUCAUACAAAACUAGGGUCAGUGGCCCUCAUACAAAACUAGGGUCACAUGUCUUCUAGUGUCUUCACCUGUCAGAAGGGUUGGUGAGCUUAUACCAUGGCGCAGCGUCUGGCGUCUGGCGUCCAUCAUCCGGCCGUGUGUCAACUUUUCGUUUAAGUCGAUUUUGUAUAAACGGUGUGUGUGACCCCCUGGGGGGCAGAGAAGCGGAGCCCAAUAGUUGAAAUAGAGGUAUAACCUUUAAAAUCCUUCUUCUGCCAUAGGGAUUAAGGGAUCAAGUAGUGCCUGCUACUAGUAGAGUGUAUUAAAACAAGAUGGCCACCAGGCUGCCAUCUUGGAUUUUGACAUUUGAAGUUUGUUCUUGCUAUAUCUCCAUAAAUACUGGAUGGAUCUUUCAGAAAUUUUAUAUGCACAUACAGUACCAACCAUUGAGUUCUGUAUCUUAACUUCAUAUCAAGUACUUUAAACAUAUCCAGGUGAGCAAAACAAGCCCCUUGGGCCUCUUGUUAGAUUUAUUUUUAAACUUAUGCACAUUUAAAUAGAACUGGCAUUGUUCCUUAAAAUGGGUUUAAUAGAUAAAAAGUAAUUUCCCUCCAACUAUGACUAAUCGAUCAUGAUUGUUUUAUCAAAGGUCAUGAUAAAAUGACUUAAAAUGAAAAAUUUCAGGAGUUAUUGAGAUUUGGAACAGACCUGAAAACACAUUUAUGAUAAUAGUAAUUUGAAGUUCUUAUAUACCCCUUUAUCACAACCUUGUUCGUAGGUCAUUUCAAAGCGAUUCACAAAUUAUUAAACAAACAAUUUUACUAAUUACUGAUAGAAGAUAUGAAGAGAUAAAGGACCCUGAACACCUAAGAAUGGUGCAAUGACUUCAUUGAGAUCGAUACGUUUCGAAUCGCUAUGUGGUUCAUCAUCAGGAUGUCUAACAGAGUAUAGAGUGGCCUGAAGUACAAAUUUGUGGUUACACUAUGUGACUACAUUGUGAUUCAUCCAUAUUGUCACACAUGUUUAUUAGUAAGGACUUUUACGGAUCCACCUAGAACUAGGAGUUUUGGAUCUCCUUCACAUAUUAUCUAAUUACUAAUAGGUUUUACAAUAAACUGCUUUCAAACAACAUGUCUGCCUAUAGCUCUAUAGGUAAUGUGUCCACUACAUUUUACUGCUUUUGAUGAAUGCUCCUUUUUUUACUUUCAUUUCAUUUUAUGAUUGAUCUUUGAUAAAUAAUGAUGAUGGAUCAUGAAUUUUGAAGUUUUCCC